AUGGCCUUCUCCAAGAGCCCCAAUGUCGCCUCUGGGAUCAAGCCCAAGAACAAACUGCGCAGACAGGCGGCGCAUCUCUCUAUCAAGAAGGCGCGCGAAUCAGAAAAACGAGACGCAAGACUCCGUCGCAAGCGCGAGGAAGAGAAGAACCCUGCGCUGCGAGAGGAGCGCUUAGCACAAAACAAGCCUGCGACCAUCGACGGCAAGCGAGUAUGGGACGAGCCAGUCGGCGACGAAGAAGAUGCGCUGGGUUGGGCCAUUGAUGUGGAGAGACUGGCAAAGAGGAGAAAGGUGGAGCAAGAGGAAGCGGCACAGAAGGACGGCGAGGAUGUCGAAGACGGCGAGGACGAGGGCAUACUAGCGAAACUGAAGAAGCGCGACCAAAAAGCAGGCGGAGCCAACUCGGACGACAGCCAGGACGACGAAGCAGACAGCAUGCUCGACGACUCCGAAUCCGAACCCUCUCUCGACUCCAACGAUUCCGACCUAGACUCCGACGCCGCCUCUUCCAAACCCGGGAAACGCGCCUCCAGUCCCAGCGCCACAUCCACAGCAACGAACCUCGAACUCUCGCCCGAGUUCCUCAAGCAAAAGUUCCCCUCGAUAUUCAACCCGCGCACCGACGACCCCCAGAUCCUAAUCACAACCAGCAUCAACUCGACGCUGCACAAAGAAGCCGAAAUCCUCACCUCCCUCUUCCCCAAUAGCACCUACAUAAGACGGACCCAGCACGUCCACGCGCACAAGUACAGCGUCAAGGAAAUCGCCGGUUUCGCCAGCGCACGCGGCUACACAGCCCUCGUCAUCCUCAUGCAAGCCGAGCACGAGAAGAAGCCCGACGGCCUCGACAUUGUCACCCUGCCCGACGGACCUCAUUUCCACUUCUCCCUCACAAACUGGGUCGAGGGAAAGAAGCUGCCCCGCCACGCAAACGACACAGGACACUACCCCGAGCUCAUCCUGAACCAGUUUAAAACUCCCCUCGGUAUCCUCACAGCCCACCUCUUCCAGAAUAUGUUCCCUGCGAAACCAGAGUUGGAAGGGCGCCAGGUCCUCACGCUGCACAAUCAGCGCGAUUAUAUCUUUGUGAGAAGACAUCGCUAUGUGUUUAGGGAUAAGCGCGAGACCGAGAAACCUAUUGUGGGGUCGGAUGGCAAGCCGCUUCCGGGUGUGGAGGAUGUUAAAGUGGGUAUGCAGGAGAUUGGACCGCGAAUGACGCUCAAACUCCGCAGGAUAGAUCGCGGUAUCCAAUUCAAGAGUGGCCAGGAGUGGCAGUGGAAAGGCCGUAUGGAGAAGCAGAGGACGAGGUUCAAUAUGUAG